CAUCAUCAAAGGUCCUUGCGCUGACGGGCUCUGUGCUGGUCGGUGUAGUGUGAGAGUGCGGAGCUGUCACCCCGCGUCUACCGAGCGUCUAUGCCACUUGUUUGAAGGAACAUUAUGGUUGGAUAAAUGGCUGGCGUUUUUUGGCCCUGCUAAUAAGCCGCAAAGAAGAUGGCGACACCGUAUGUCCCCGUGCCAAUAGGAAAUCCAUCUUCGGGCAACAUAACAACUAGAAGCCGAAGAAGCUCAUCCCUUGGAAGCAGCUCCACAAGUUCGACCUCCUCUAAAGAGCCACCUGAAGAUGGCAACCCUAGAAACCGCAAGAAGCUCAGUGCCCCCGAUCAGCUGAGCUGUACCUCCUCUGUGUGUAGCAGCCCCCUGGUAAGGACUAAAUUUGACUCCUCUGUGGAGUACAGCUCGCGACCAGUACCCCAUGAGCAUAUUCCUAACUCGGCAGAGCUGGAAGAGAGGCCUUCAACACCCACCAUCUUGGGAUACGAAGUGAUGGAAGAACGGGCAAAGUUUACCGUAUAUAAGAUUCUAGUUAGAAGAAGCCCGGACGAGAGCUGGGUGGUCUUCCGGAGAUACACAGAUUUUUCAAGGCUUAAUGACAAGCUGAAGGAAAUGUUCCCCGGUUUCCGACUCGCUCUCCCACCUAAACGCUGGUUUAAGGACAAUUAUGAGUAUGAUUUCCUGGAGGACAGGCAGCUGGGCCUGCAGGCUUUCUUACAGAACUUGGUCGCCCACAAGGACAUUUCGAACUGCGCCCCUGUGAGAUUAUUUCUGUGUCUGGAUGAGCCGCCUGGUCCUUUUGAUAGCCUGGAAGAGAGCAGGGCUUUUUGUGAGACUUUAGAAGAAACGAAUUACAGACUUCAAAGGGAUCUUGCUGAGAAGCAGAAGGAGCUUGAAGCCUUGAAAAAGCUUUUAAAUGAAAAGCAGUUGCACAUACAGACGCUUGAAAGCCGGAUCCAGGAAUCGAGCACCGGGCCUGGUGAGGCGCGCAGACCUUCAAGACAAGAGAGCGAGUGCAGUGGCGAGGUGGAGUCCUCCGCCAUAGAAGCGGAUCAGGUGGCCUCCGCAGACAAUGGCUCCUUUAAAGAGAACCAUGAGAUCUGCUGGAAUGAGUCCCUGCCGGAGAUUGAAGUAGCAGAGGUGGCAGACCCCGACGAAGAAGUCUGAUGUGCCUGAGUUUUGUGGAUCCUUACAUACCAGGGCCUUUAUCGGGGACCCACACAAAUAGUUUACACAAUCAAGUUCUAGAGAAGGAUGUGUGGCCCUUGCUGCUAAUUGACCAGUCUAGUGGAGACGGCUGACCUACCUAAGGAUCUAAUGGUCCGGAGUCUUAGAACUGAGGCCCAUCUGACAACUCCCGUACUCUCCAUAUACCAGUAAUGGCCUAGCUGUAUCUGUCUGAUUGCGGCACUGUCUCAAGCACUUUUGUAGAAAUUGUCACUAUUCUCCCCAGUGUCACAAGGGCAUGUUCUGCUUUGCCAAGACUUGAUUUCUGUAUUUUUGUACACCGUGAAGCAAUUGCUUAGUGCCGUGGACGUUGCCAACAGUUAUUUUUAUCAAGCGCAGCUCAGAAGAAAAAAGCCGCAAAUAACCGAACUCGACCAUAGGUUGUAUUAUUAGAGUGAUUCAUAGGAGACACGCCUGGCGCCCGGCAAUUCUCUGUCAUAGCGAUUGCCUAAACCCAGUGCGAGUGCCGCUGUCUGAAUAAAGCAGAGUCUCUGCACAGACAUGACGGGUAAGACCGGCACCAUACUGUUUGUCAGCACAAUCGCAACCCUUGCAUAUCUCCAAAUAACGCCUGCUUUUAUUUAAAGACGGAGCUCUGUGAAUUUCCAAUAUUUUAAAGACUCAAUCCAAGACUAGAUGUACCAAAUGCAAAAGUACUGUAUUUAUACAGUGAGAACCUGACUGGUCAUGUAUAUUUUACGCCGCGGGCAGAGGGGAGCGAAAUGUACUUUUUAAUUUUGCACUCGUAGAAGAUGAGGGAUAUACGUAUAAUCUCAUCAAACACCAUAGGCAGCCAUUUUGAUAUUGGGGUAAAGUAGUUGCUCCCACUAUUUAAAUCAACGUGCACCAUAGUUAGCUGGUCUUUUAUGGUGUAAUUGCAGCGUCUGCUGUGCUCGUGUAUAUGUGUGUUCAUAUGAUAUCUAAUCAUUUAUCCUUCUUCUGGUUUAAAGGGGUUUUCCGGGGUGGGGGGGAAAUUCUACAUAUAAAAAAUUUAUCCAUGCGGGGGUGUAAAAAAAAAAAAAGCUAGUCACCGUCCGUGUUCCAAGAGCAGUGAGGGGUUAUUCAGGUGGAAAAAAUUGAUUAUUGGUGUAAAUUUAGGGACUUUUUUUCUAUCCUUAUACCAAUUAAAAGUUACGUUUUAAUCAAGAUCACCAUUCCAACCUUUUGUGGGUUAUUCAGGUGUGUAACUUUAUAUAUAUAUAUAUAUA